ACGAAGUAAAUUUUUUUACGAAAUAUAUUUCGGAAUUAUUUUAUAAACUUUAAAAAAUAAUAAAACCGAAAUAUCUUUAAAUGGAUAUCAUUGCCGUGACUAUUGCUGCGUUUUUCCAAUUCCUGGGCUUCGCCUUCUUCUUUGUCCAGCCGAAGGAUUGCUGUUCGCCGUCUCCGAUCCUGGGCAGCUGGCUCUUCUUGUUGGCAACUUUAAGAUUCCUCUGGGAUGUCAGCAUUAUUUCGAGACGCUUUAUCCCUUGUAACCGGAUCUGGCAACUGGUGGUCGAGACUAUAAGUACCAUCUUCGUGGCUGAGAUAGCAACCAUUAUCAUAUGGUGUGGAAUAGAGCGGUUCCUCUAUGGGCUGAUUGAAGACUUCCUCGGCUCCUGCGGACCAACCUGAACAACUCGAUUCGAAUGAUGCGUUGCUUCUUCAAGUUAAGCCAGGUCAAUCGUCGAUCCCCUCAUUGCCCAGUCCCAGCACCUCGAUG